AUGAUUCAAAAAUUUUUACAAAGAAGUUCAAGUUAUAUUAAAGUAUUUGUAAAAACUGAUAAAAGAAAAAAAUUAGAGAGAAAGUAUAAGAGCCACCCAAAUUUAAAGACUUGCAGCGGGUUUUCCGAAUUUAAAAACACUAACAGUAAUAUAUAUACAAAGAUGGUUGAAUAUAAAAGUGGUACCCUUUAUAAAGUUAGUACAGGCAUAUUCAAGAAUCGAAAGAAAUAUUGUUAUCAAAUCCAAUCGAAAAUAUACAGUUAUCAGAUAUCAAAAAAUAUAGAGUUAUUACAAAAAGAAAAAGACUCAUUAGCAACGACCUAUGGAUUUAUUUUAGAGUAUUCCGAUUCAUCAUCAUCUUCUACAUCCACAAAUAAAUUAAAUAUACAUUCAGAUUCAUUAUCAAUACUAGCAGAUUGGAUCGUUAAAAUUGAUGGUAUGACACACCCAAACUUCAAGAGUUUUCUAAACCAAGUAGACCGUAAACAGUUAUUAAAGAUUUUAUAUAAAGAUAAUAUAAAGGGUGGUAUCAUCAAGUCAUCAGAUACAGAGGAGGAGUGGAACUACUCUUCUAUGGGAACAUUACAAAUCGAACCAACAACAAGCGUAAACGAAGAGAAAAUAGAUUAUCAUUGGGAUGGAGAAUGGAUAAAAAGCUCUACACACAAUCAUAUAUUGGGCUAUGGUAGAUUUAAUGGUGUUUAUUUAGCAUGGUUUAUAAAGGAUCCAACAUUCCCCGAAAUUAGAUAUUUUUACGAUGAAAAAGAAAAAGAAUAUAUCUCUGACAAAAAAGAGUUUACUUUUAAAUGGACAAGACACUUUUUGGCUUCAAAAUAUGGUUCGGGCGAAUGGAUUGUGGAAGGUCAUGUUCCACAGCCAGUUGUUAUGUUUUUACAAUUAAUUAAAUAUAAAAGAAAUUCAUCGAAACCAGGUUAUGUUACCCCAUUUGCAUGCGAAAUUCCCCCACCAUCCUCAUCACCAUCAAUUCCAAGAUCUGAGCAAUCAUCAAGCUUACCAACACUCCCAAUUAUUAGCCCAGCCUCACCAGUAUUACCAAAUGAUUCACAAUAUUCAACUUCAUCACCAGCUAUUGAUAAUAUAAAAUUGUUUUUAUCUGAACCAAUUAAUAGAAAAUCAUUAUCAAUAAGUGAUAAUAGUUUUAUUAGUAAACCAAAUGAUAUUGGUAAUAGUAUUAAACCAACUACCGAAGAUAAACCAAAAGAUAAUAUAGAUAUUAAAAACAAUACAGAUACCAAUAGUAAUAAUGAUGAAGAUGCUGAAAAGUCAAAAUUAAAUAUUCCAGAAGGUAGCAAAGCAUCAACUAUUAAAAUAUCACCAUUUACUAGGGGCAGUGCAUUAUUAAAUGUUACCCAUAUACUUUUUAAUAAUCAAGAUUCGACCGAAGAUGAGCAAGAUAAACUUAAACAACAAGAAAUAUUCAAUUUUUCAAAUUCAUCAGAUGAUUUAUCAUCAAGCGAUACAAAUAAAACUCAUCACCAACAUAACACCAGUAAUAGUGAUAGCGUUUAUAAUGAUACUGAGGUAAUAAAUACCAUAAAUAAUAUUAAAAACAAUAAUGAUAAUAAUAAUAAUGGUGAUAAUAAUAGUUCCGGCUCAGCCCAAGGUGAUAUUAAAUUUAAUAAUGAUAUUUUAGAGAAGAAUAAUGAAGAAAAAUUAGAAAUAAAAAUAGAAGAAAAAGAAGAAAAAGAAGAAAAAGAAAAAGAGGAAAAUUCUACAGAGGAAAAAGACAAAAUCGAUACUAAUAAUAUAACCAAUAAUACUGAUAAUAUAGUCGAAAAUAAUAGCGUCGAUAAAGAAAUUAUAAUAGAACAACAACAAAAUAAAAUUAAAAUAAAUCAUCAAAGAAGAUCAACUCUACAAUUAUUAGAUCAAACAAUUAAAGAAACAGAAAGAAUCCAAAAUAGAAAGCCAGAGAUUGAUAAAGAUUUCUUACAAAGAAUUAUUGGUGAUGGUGGUCUAGGAAAAAAAGAUAGUUUUGAAAUGGCAUCAUCUGCCUCAGUCGAGGAAGAAGCCAAACCAAGAGAGCUUAAAGUUGUUCCAAGAUCAAGUUUAAAUAGUAUUGCAAAUUCUCCAUCAACAUCAAAUGAAAGUUUAUCACCAGUUUCAAAAUUUACAACACCAUUAGGUUCGAUUAUUGGACCAUCAACUAAAUUUACAAUAAAUAAAACCAGCAUAAAUAAUAAUGAAGAAACUAAAGAUAAUAAUACCACCUCCAAUACCAAUAAUAAUAAUAAUAGUAAUAGUAACGAUAUUAAUAACAAUAGCCCAAUUAAUAAUAUUAAAAAACAUAGUGAUGAUAAAGAAUCAAAUAAUAAUAAAGAUGAAAUAAAGAAUAAUCCAAAUCACUCAACAAUUGGUAAUCAUAGAAAACCUUUAGCAAAAUCUAAAAGUAGUGAUAAAGUUACAACCAUUAUAAAUCAAAUUACCUCAACUAGACAAUCUAGAAAUACUUUUUGCUUAGGAUGUAACCUUCAAAUUUCAGGUCCAAUGGUAGUUGCACAAGGUAAUCAUUUCCAUCAAGAAUGCUUCAAGUGUAACAAGUGUAAUGAACUUCUCUGCGCUGAUAACAAAACCUUUUAUAGACAGGUCGAUACUUUUGUUAAUCAAACCUCAACCUCAUCUACCAAUAAUUUUGUUACAUUAUCUUCAUCACCAUCAUCGUCACCAAGUAAAUUUAAUCCACAUUCACAUAGUAAUACAUCAUUACUUUCGAUUGCACUCUCCCAAUCACCAUUAUCCCACUCUCCACUUUCAAACUCCCCAUCAAGUAAUUUAUUAAGUAAUAGUCCAUCAAUAGGUAACUCAAUGAGUAUCUCAUCGAUUCAAAAUAAUCAUAUAAAAUCUGGUCCAAAGUAUCUUUGUCAAUCUUGUUUUGACGAUGUUUGCCCAAUUUGUCCAAAAUGUAAUUGUAAUGUAAUGUAUAGAUGUGUUAAUGCUUUAGGUAGAAAGUGGCACCCAGAUCAUUUUUGCUGUAAAGAAUGCGCUAUUCCUUUAGUUGGUUCAAUAUUCUAUGAAAAGAAUUCAAAUCCGUAUUGUCAAAAGGAUUAUAAUAGAUUAUUUAACAAUAACUAAAAUAAAUUUAUAAUUAAAAUUUUUUGUAUAGU